AUAUUUCGUUAUUUCCUUCCAAUCAUGGUAUUCCCUUUGUUUUUCAAUCUAUAUAUCCUUGAAGUUGGAGAGAGACCCUGAUGCUUUUAAUCUACACUGCGUAUGUUUGUUCCUAGAUAGAUUUCCUUAAUCCUUCUCUUCGAUUGUCUACACCGUACAAGUGAGAGAUAGAUGGCAUCUAGAACGUCCCAGGCAGCCGUUCUCAACCAGCAGCAGCAGCUGGGUUUGUUUGAGAAUCAAGAGGGAGAGGGUUGUAAUACACAGAUGGGUUUCUUUCCUUUCCCACCAAAUUUAAUCUUUUCGUCGUUGCCGUUUUUAGGUCACCAAUCUCUCAAAGGCGGCUUCAGUACGGCUAGCAUAGCUUCUGAUGAUGCACCUUCAACUACCACUCUCUCUGAAACCCUAGUCCCCCGGCCAUCACUUACUCCUCCUCCUCCUCUAAGGCAUAAACAAGAUCAUAACAUCACUACUACUAGUUCUGAAUUUGGCGGUGGAGGAGGAGGAGGAGCCCAUGACCAUCUCCUUUCUUUGCAAAGAUCCACCGCAAAUCUCUGGGCAUGGGGAGACGUGAAUGAUGAUCGUGAUGAGUACUGCUUGAACAGCAAGAGAUCAAGCGGCGGAGAUGACCACCAUCAUCCUUAUUUAGGAGGGGUUUCAGCAAUGAAGAUGAAGAAGAUGAAGGCAAUUAGGAGGAAGGUGAGGGAGCCUAGGUUUUGCUUCAAAACCCUGAGCGAUGUGGAUGUGCUUGAUGAUGGUUACAAGUGGAGAAAGUACGGACAGAAAGUGGUAAAGAACACACAGCAUCCAAGGAGUUACUAUCGUUGUACGAUGGAUAACUGCCGCGUAAAGAAACGAGUAGAGCGCUUAGCCGAGGACCCGAGGAUGGUGAUCACAACAUAUGAAGGGAGACACGUGCAUUCUCCAUCUCAUGAUCUUGAGGAUCAAGAUUCACGAUCUCCGUCUCACCUAAACAACUUCUUCUGGUAGUAUAUUAACUCGUAAUAGGCUCAUGAGCUCUCGUUUUUGCUUUUGUUUUCAGUUCUGGUUUUUGUUUUGUUUUGGUAUUUUUAUAUUGUGUUGGGGUUAUGGAUUCCAAACGAUCGCCCUUGUGUUAUCCCUAACUUGCUGCACUCUGGUUGUGUAUGCAAGUGUACUUAGAUGUUGCUGUGUCUUUAACUGCAUGCAUUGGAUAAAAUUUUAUGUGUAUCUAGAACACAAAGCGGUAUAUUAAAUAGAGGGACAACAGAAAAUAUACUUUAGAAUGCGAUAUAUUGUUCACUUA